AUGCCCUUUCCGAAGAUCGUCAGGGCACAGCUAGGCUCAAGACGGAUGGCGGCCCGUCAUUUGUCCCAGCGGUCAACUGGUGCUCCACAUGAAAGGCCGCCAUGGCUACAGUCAGUCCUUGACGACGCAACGAGCCCGCCCAGACCUUUCGCCUGGACUUUGGAGAACCUGGAGAACAACAAGAGGACGAAGUCACCUGAGAAUCAGAGGGUCCACAGUCGAAGCGACACUGAGCAGCGUCGUAUCUACGUCCUGGGUGUGGGUAACCUCGGGCGCCUUUACGCGGCGUGUCUUGCGCAGCUUUCGAAUCCACCUCCCAUCACAAUUGUUGUUCACCGACGUAGCCUCCUUGAGCAUUGGGCAACCGACCCCGGGAUCGAGAUCACUCGGUAUGGCACACCAGAGCGCGUAUCCAACCUCGACAUAGAAUGGUGGACCACGGAAAAGCCGACCAUUGGUCCCGUGAGAGAAAUUGCCGAUGGAGACCGGCUCGGCAAUCUGAUAGUUGCAACCAAGGCGCCAGAUGCCAUGCCACAGCUCGACUCUCUGCGUCGAUAUCUGGGCAGCUCAUCCAACGUGCUGUUUGUCCAGAACGGGGUGAACAGACUAUGGCCUCCUCACGGCCCUCCUUACAACGACCAUCGCUAUCCAGGCGGCCAACAUCCAAAUUGGUUGCAUGGAGUGACCAUGCAUGGCGUCUACUCUGAAGGGCCUUUCAAGAGCGUCCACGCUGCCCCGGCUGACAUCACGAUCGGCCCUGUGUGCUCGAGCGAGAAGCACCCAGAAAAGGCCAGCUAUCUUACCGAGAUGAUCACCAAGGCCCCGCAUCUUGCAGCGCGAGCGGUAUCGAAACCCCAACUAUGGUUACUCCAGUUGGAGAAGCUUGUCAUUAACUCAAUCCUUAAUCCACUCAGCGCGAUUCUACGUGUCAAGAAUGGCGACCUGUUUGCCGAUAAGGACGGCGAGGUUGUCAAGAUCAUGGAUGCACUCCUGAACGAAACAAGCAAUGUACUCCAGGCCCUGGUGAGACACGAGAGUAGCACGCCGAUCCUACAGGGUGACGACGCGUCUGAAGAAGCCUUGACACAGCGUCUCUCUGCCACGAGGCUGCGAGAAAUGUUACAUCAGGUCGGAGAGAAAGUCAAGCACAACAAGAGCUCUAUGUUUCAAGACAUCGAAGCCGGCAAGCAGACUGAAAUCGGAGAAUUCAACGGCUGGCUGGUUGAAACAGCCGAAAUGCUAGACCAGGGCCUAGACGUCAGCAGUCACAAGAUCGUGAUCGGUCUGGUAGAACAGAGAGUGAAGCUCGAUAAGGCCGAGCUUGGCAGACAUGUGCUUCUGCGGCGUUGA